UGUUAAUUUUUUAUACCACGUGUCAACGAGUGUCUGGUUAAUGCACGUUUCCUUGAUGAUUAUUACAUGACAUUUGAAAUUUAUCGAUAAAAUUUAUUCAGAUUCUACAACUCGAAAACAAUGACAUCGAUACAUUCAUUGGCCCACAAACUUCACCUAAAUCUUCUCUAUCUCAUCUCUUAAUCAGUUUUAAAAUGUCCUCACUAUCACGAGCUUUAUCACUGCUACCACAACUUCAACUACUCCUACUACCUCUACUACUACUAUGCUCCUCACGAAUUUUUUAAGUCCUUCCAUUUCGCCACUGCGUCUGCAGCUGCUUAACGUACACCAGCCCCAUCAGAUAAAAGCUCACGAACAAAAAGCACCAUUAGGCAGCAGUAACAAGUAAAAAGUUAAGCAUCACGACCGCCAACACCACCAACUCACAAAGAUAACUUUAAAAAAUGCAACCAACAUACCAUUUAACAAACCGUUAAUCACUACCAGCAAAACUUUGUAAACUAUUACCAUUUAUAAUGACAAUGACACUUGAAUUAACGACAAACAGAUGAUACAGCUUAUUUUCAAUUAUAUAUAUAUAUAAAUAAUCGAUCCAAAAAUUACCUUUGAUUACCCCGCCAGCAAGAUUAUUUAUAUUUUUAAAUAAAUAAAACAAUAAAAUGGAUAUGACGAUAAAUAACACGGGAAACAUUUCAUCUAUCGAAGGACCGUCACCAUUUGAUGAUGUUACCGCAAUACUUACUGCUGUUGUGCUCGGUCUUCUCAUACUUAUUACUGUUAUUGGAAAUGUGUUCGUAAUUGCCGCAAUUUUGCUAGAAAAAAAUUUACAAUCUGUAGCGAAUUAUUUAAUUGUCAGUCUCGCCGUUGCCGAUCUAAUGGUCGCAUGUCUCGUCAUGCCACUUGGUGCCGUGUAUGAGAUAUAUUCAGGAUGGUCACUAGGCCCAGCACUUUGUGAUAUGUGGACAGUUAGUGACGUACUAUGUUGCACGGCAUCAAUUCUUCAUCUAGUAGCCAUCGCAAUUGACAGAUUUUGGGCCGUGACAGACAUAAAUUAUAUCCAGGCACGAAACCCAAAAAGAAUUGGGAUCUUAGUUAUUAUUGUGUGGGUCGUCUCGUUGGGAAUUUCCUUGGCCCCACAAUUGGGAUGGAAGGAUCCUGGUUUUAUGAGACGUAUUGCCGAGGGAAAAUGUCUUGUGUCACAGGAUCCAUCAUAUCAGAUAUUUGCGACGUGCGCGACAUUUUACGUCCCUCUAUUGUUAAUUUUAAUCCUGUAUUGGAGGAUAUUCCAAGCUGCUCGAAGACGAAUACGAAAGCGUCCAGGAGCGGCAUACCAACCGUCUCACGAGAGAAGAGGGAUCCUGAGGCUCAUAAAGACAGGGCCAAGAGAGGAGUCAACAGCGUUCACAAUAACACGUUCGACUCCUGAUCAUUCAUCAGUUUCACCAGAAAAGACCUCAUCCAAUGGGGCAAAUGUAAGUCAAACAUUAACCAGCACCUCGGUGACAACAACGACGGCGACAAUGGCCGUCGUUACGACACCAGGUACACAGCCACCGCAAAUAACAACGACUAAGAAAAACCGGGAAACAAUAGAAGCUAAGCGGGAAAGAAAAGCCGCUAAAACAUUGGCAAUAAUAACGGGCGCUUUUGUUGCAUGCUGGUUGCCGUUUUUUGUUGUCACCCUCCUACAAGCAUUGUGUUCAUCCUGUGCGCCGCCAGAUAUUCUUGCAAGUUUCUUUCUUUGGCUAGGUUACUUCAACAGCACUCUUAAUCCCGUUAUUUAUACUGUUUUCUCACCGGAAUUUCGACAAGCUUUCAAGCGAAUACUCGGCGGCGCCACGCGUCGUUGACGAUUUAUUUAAUUAGCUUUCUA